AUGGCUAGCCGAAAAGUGUGGCUAUUGUGCAUAGGAUUAUUUCUCUUCAUACUGGAGCAUGUGCCCACCCCAGUAACUUCACAGGCUCCAAAGAAGCCGGAGGAAGAAUGCCGACUCCUGGGGAAAUUUGAUUUACGUGGCUAUGUAGAUGCUGAGGAAGCCAUGCAUGUUAUAGGAGGCAUGUUCCCAAUACACUUCAGGACCAUCCUUGAGGACGAUCCAACAAGUACGCCUCCAAAUUCACCAAAAUGUGAAGGGUUUAAUUUUCGAGGUUACCGUUGGGUCAAAGCCAUGAUACAUGCCAUCAACGAUAUUAAUAAAAGAAAAGAUAUUCUACCAAACAUAACUCUCGGCUAUCAAAUUUAUGACACAUGCUUUACAAUGUCCAAGACAGUGGAGAAUUCUUUGGCAUUCCUCACCGGUCAAAAUGAAACCACGCCUGUCUUCCGAUGCAGUACCGGUGCUCCUUUAUCUGCAAUUAUUGGAGCUGGAGGAUCGACUCUUUCCAUUGCUUCCUCAAGAAUCCUUGGGCUUUACUAUUUCCCUCAGGUUGGUUAUGCUUCUUCCUCCUCACUUCUCUCUGAUAAAUAUCAGUUCCCAACCUAUCUCCGCACUAUUCCAAGCGAUAAGGUACAGUCACGGGGGAUGGCUGAUUUAAUUCACCAUUUUGGUUGGAGAUGGGUUGGAACCAUUGCUGCCGAUGAUGAUUACGGGAAAUAUGGUGUCAAAGCUUUUAAAGAAUCUGUCGAGAACCUCUACACCUGCAUUGCCUUUUCUGAAACAAUUCCUAAAAUAUAUAACAGAGAUAAGCUCAAAGCAGUUGUUGAUAUUGUAAAAGAGACCAACGCUACUGUCAUUGUGGUUUAUUCUUCUGAUAUUGACUUCCAUCCCCUAGUUGAAGAGCUUAUGGUUAAUAAUAUCACUGGCAUAACGUGGAUAGCAAGUGAGGCAUGGGUCACUUCUGCCUUAAUUGCUAGACCUGAAUAUUUUCCGCUUCUUGGCGGGGCAAUUGGCUUUGGGAUACGAAAGGGUGAAAUUCCAGGCUUCAAGGAAUUUCUUCUAGAAGUAAACCCAAAUACGGAUUCCAAUGAUAUGACAAUCGAAUUUUGGCAGUCAGCAUUCAACUGCACCUGGCCUGGUGUCAACAUAUCAUAUAAUACGGACAACCGGAAAAAUGUAACUGGUCACGAGAACAUUGUCGAUUUUUCUUCAAAGAAGCCAUGCACUGGAAAGGAGAAACUUGCAGACCUUAAGAAUACAUAUUUGGAUAUUUCAGAACUUAGAAUAACAUAUAAUGUCUACAAAGCAGUUUUUGCCGUAGCUUAUGGCCUCGAUCAAUUGCGCAUGUGUGAAACUGAUAAAGGACCCUUUAUUUCUGGGCCAAAAUGUGCCACCAUUGAUGAGUUUGAGCCCUGGCAGACUCACCAGAGACAUUAUACUGAAUGGAUAGAUGCAAGGGAAUGUACGGCAUGUCCCGAAGAUCAUUGGUCCAAUCAGCAGAGAAGCAAAUGUAAUCAUAAGGAAGUGGAAUUCUUGGCUUAUGGAGAAGCUUUAGGAAUGACAUUGAUUGCCCUCUCUGUAUUUGGCGCAUGUGUCAUUCUGUCUGUGACUGGAGUCUACGUCAAGUUCAGGAAAACACCUCUGGUGAAAGCCAAUGACCGUGAGCUCAGCUUCCUCAUCCAGUUUUCUCUCGUGGCAACCUUGUUGACUUCUGUUCUGUUCGUGGGGAAGCCAGAAGAUUGGUCAUGCCAAUCUCGCCAAGUGUCCUUGGCCUUAGCUUUUUCUGUUUGCCUGUCUUGUGUUUUAGGCAAGACAGUGAUGCUCUUUCUGACUCAUUUGGCCAGAAAUUCAAAAGUGGCUGAGAAAGCCCGGAUGUCAGUUGGGCCAAUUUUCCAAAAAGUGGUGGUAGUUGUCUCUGUUCUAGCUGAAGUGGGUAUCUGUACGACUUACCUUUAUUAUAGCCCUCCCAGUAUGUAUAAAAACACCCAGUUCACAACCCUGAGAAUUAUUUAUGAAUGCAAUGAGGGUUCCAUAAUGUACUUGUGCAUUAUGUUUGGGUUUGAUGUGUUUCUCGCCAUCCAGUGCUUUCUUACGGCUUUUGUGGCCCGGAAGCUUCCCAAUAAUUUCAACGAAGCCAAGUUUGUUACAUUUGGAAUGCUGGUUUUCUUCAUUGUCUGGAUAUCUUUUGUUCCUGCUUAUUUAAGCACAAGAGGAAAAUUCAAGGUAGCUGUGGAGAUAUUUGCAAUUCUGGCCUCCAGCUUUGGUUUGCUAGGAUGCAUAUUUGUGCCCAAAUGUUAUAUUAUUUUGUUGAAGCCUGCCAGAAAUACAGAAGAAAUUGUGGGUGGCAGGGCUAUGACCAAUGACAAGAGUGCUCCACCAACUUCUGCCUCUUGCGCCAGUGAAAUUAACACAGUUUCCACAGUUCUUGAGGAUUAG